GGGCCCGGCUCCGCGCCGCCCUCCGCCCCGCCCGGCCGCCCGGCCUCCCGGCAACAUGGCAACCCCGGCGGCGGUCAACCCUCCGGGCCCUGCCAUCUUUCACCUGGACGGCUCGACCUUCCUGGCUUUGCAGGAGAAGUACAGGGACGAAAUGGCUUCCGACAUCCCUGGAUCGGUGACCUUGCCCGUGGCCCCCAUGGCGGCCACCGGACAGGUGAGGAUGACCGGGGCCAUGCCGGCCCGUGGAGGAAAGCGGCGUUCUGGGAUGGACUUUGAUGACGAGGAUGGAGAAGGGCCCAGCAAAUUUUCAAGAGAGAACCACAGCGAGAUCGAGAGGCGGCGGCGGAACAAGAUGACGCAGUACAUCACGGAGCUGUCGGACAUGGUGCCCACGUGCAGCGCGCUGGCCCGCAAGCCGGACAAGCUCACCAUCCUCCGCAUGGCCGUGUCACACAUGAAGUCCAUGAGGGGCACCGGCAACAAGUCCACGGACGGCGCCUACAAGCCUUCCUUCCUGACGGAGCAGGAACUGAAGCACCUCAUCCUCGAAGCAGCCGAUGGAUUUCUGUUUGUAGUCGCGGCAGAGACAGGACGAGUGAUUUACGUGUCUGACUCCGUCACCCCCGUUCUGAACCAGCCCCAGUCAGAGUGGUUUGGGAGCACCUUGUAUGAACAGGUGCAUCCCGACGACGUGGAGAAGCUGAGGGAGCAGCUGUGCACCUCAGAAAACUCAAUGACAGGCCGGAUCCUGGACCUGAAGACGGGGACGGUCAAGAAAGAGGGGCAGCAGUCUUCCAUGAGGAUGUGCAUGGGCUCACGGAGGUCCUUCAUCUGCAGGAUGAGGUGUGGAAACGCUCCUUUGGAUCACCUCCCUCUAAACAGAAUAACCACCAUGAGGAAAAGGUUCAGGAACGGCCUUGGUCCCGUGAAAGAAGGGGAGGCCCAGUAUGCUGUGGUCCACUGCACGGGGUACAUCAAGGCGUGGCCCCCGGCAGGAAUGACCAUCCCCGAGGAGGACGCUGAGGUGGGACAGGGCAGCAAGUACUGCCUCGUGGCAAUCGGAAGACUGCAGGUGACCAGCUCUCCCGUGUGUAUGGACAUGAGCGGGAUGUCGGUGCCCACGGAGUUCUUAUCCCGGCAUAACUCUGAUGGGAUCAUCACGUUCGUAGACCCGAGAUGCAUCAGUGUGAUCGGCUACCAGCCCCAGGAUCUUCUGGGAAAGGACAUUUUGGAAUUCUGCCACUCCGAGGAUCAGAGCCACCUGCGUGAGAGCUUUCAGCAGGUGGUCAAGCUGAAGGGCCAGGUGCUGUCCGUCAUGUAUCGGUUGCGCACCAAGAACCGCGAGUGGAUGCUGAUCCGCACCAGCAGCUUCACGUUCCAGAACCCCUACUCGGACGAGAUUGAGUACGUCAUCUGCACCAACACCAACGUCAAGCAGCUCCAGCAGCAGCAGGCCGAGCUGGAAGUGCACCAACGGGAUGGGCUGUCCUCCUACGACUUAUCACAGGUUCCCGUCCCCAACCUGCCGGCCGGCGUUCAUGAAGCCGGGAAGUCCGUGGAAAAGGCAGACACCAUCUUCUCCCAGGAAAGGGACCCCCGGUUCACCGAGAUGUUUGCGGGGAUCAGUGCAUCGGAGAAGAAGAUGAUGAGCUCAGCGUCUGCAGCAGGAACGCAGCAGAUCUACUCCCAGGGAAGCCCGUUCCCCCCCGGACACUCGGGGAAGGCCUUCAGCUCUUCAGUGGUCCACGUGCCCGGCGUGAAUGACAUCCAGUCGUCCUCGUCAACAGGCCAGAACAUGUCCCAAAUCUCCCGGCAGCUGAACCAGAGUCAGGUGGCCUGGACAGGGAGCCGGCCGCCCUUUCCCGGACAGCCAAUCCCCUCCCAGUCCAGCAAGACUCAGUCAUCUCCCUUUGGGAUUGGAACGAGCCACACCUACCCAGCAGACCCCUCUUCCUACAGCCCCCUCUCCAGCCCAGCUACCUCGUCGCCCAGCGGGAAUGCCUACUCCAGUCUCGCCAACAGGACUCCAGGGUUCGCAGAGAUGCAGAUGUGUGGCCAUCCGCCUCCUCCAUCGGCUCCUCCCCGCCACCCCACGUUCCGGGACUCCGGCGCCGUGGGUCAUGCACUCAUCCCGCAGCGGCCUCCUCCUAGCUGGUUCCUUCCCUCUCUGUCCGCUCGGCCCUGGGCGGUGGUGUUCCUGAAUGCACAGCUGAAAGUGGCCAGAGUAGCGGGCAGUUCCCAGGGCGGCCGUCGGAAGUCUGGUCACAGUGGCAAAGCCAGCACCACGGCCCGCAGAGCGGUGAGCAGCACUCCCACCAGCAGUCCGGUCAGGCCGAAGUGUUCCAGGACAUGCUGCCCAUGCCCGGAGAUCCGACCCAGGGGACCGGCAACUAUAACAUUGAAGACUUCGCGGACCUGGGCAUGUUCCCGCCGUUUUCUGAGUAGUGGCAGGCAGAUUGCGGCCGGCGCUGGGCAGUGCCCCCCACGCGGGCAGGACCCCCCCACGCCCUGCUUGCCCCGCCUGCCCCGCCACAGGACCCCCCAGCGGAAGGCCUCUAACCCCCAUGCUCCCCCCAGCACAGCAUUGCUCAGCCUGCAGCCGGGGCUUCCCGGCCACCCACCAGGAGCCCUGGUGGAUACUGGGGAGCUGCUGUAUUUAUUGUACUCUUAUCUGUGUAUGCUUGGGAGGUGAGCCCAUCGGGUCCUGGAGGUCUGGUUGUGAAUAAUCUCAUAGCAGACAUAAAACGUCCGGUCCCAGUCCCAAGUGCCCAGGCCUGCCCAGGACACGGGAAUGGGUUUCUUCUUGCCUUUGACAUCUGUGGAUGGGUGGGGCUCGGGUGCUGGAAGGGAGGCGAGCAGGAUGCAUGGCCUUUGUUCUCCAAGCUGGGACCCAGAGGUGGACCCCGCUCCCCGUUCCCAGCUCAGCCAAGUCUGUGUGUGCGUCCGUCCGUCCAUCAUGCUGUGGGAUGUGUGUACUCUGUGCGGUGUGAUGUGAAUCCCUGUCCUGAUGGGUGUGCUGUGCCCCGUACGUGUCGUGUGGCCAGAGUGAGCGUCCAGAAUCCAGGGGCCCCCGCGUGCAGCCCCUACCCCCAGCGCAGCACCCCCUGGCUGGAGGGAGCUUGGCCCAGGGCCUGGGCGCCGGGCUGGACGGAGCAGGCUGACGUUUCAUAGUGUCGCCAGGAGUCGUGGCUGGGAACCUGCUUGCCUUCAUGGGUCAGCUCCCGGGUCCAGGCGCCCCUCUGAGAGGAAGCAGCCCCCUCCUCUUCCAGGAGGCCCCCGAGGGAGCACUGGCCCUUCCUGGUUACGCGCAGGUGUCUCCCCCCUGGUUCCCAGCCAGCGCCUGCCAAGGGCACACCUUGUGGUCACAGAGCCCGAGGCCCUUCUGCAGAGGACUGGACGGGAAGGCAGGACGUCCGGGCCUCGGCGGCCACAUUACGCUCAGCAGCUCUGGAGCCGGUUCAGGUGUGGUCCCGUGCGUGGAGACAGGAGUUCAGAAACAUCUCCCACCAGGCUGCCUGGCCUUCCUUCUGCAGCCACCGGGGGCAGAGUGCAGGUCUGUGAGGCAGAAGGCUGGGCUUCCCGUUCUGAUUCUGGUAUGCACUCACCGGGGCCUUGAAUUCCUCAGAUGGCCUCGAGACGGGAGGAAGAGCUGCCUUCCAGAAGCUUCUGCCUGGCUGAGCCCAUGGUCCCUGGCUUGCUGUGUUUCCCUCUAUUCAGUGGCCUCACGGCCCCCGUGCCCCGUGCCCUGAGGCAGGCUCUCCGCCUCUCGUCUCUGUCUUUUCCUGACAGCCAGGCUUCCGUGUGGCCUCACCGUCCAUGGGCUCGCUGCCUCCCAUGUGGGAGGAACGCUACACUCGCGGCCCGGCAGGUGGAGGAGCCCGCCCCCAGGACAGCCCUGCAUCUCUCCCGGGGUCCCUCAGGCAGACCUCCUCAGGCACCCGGCUCAGAAACAACCCGGGUGCCCCCCACCCCCAGGAUUUCGGAGGGCCAGCCGAGUGCGGAGGGUUCUGAGCUGCCUGAGGGCGGAGUGAGCCCAGCGGGCAGGAAGGAGCGGGGGGGUGGGGUGGGGGGUUUCAUGUUUGUUUCUUCCUUGUUUCCUGGAGAGAACCGGGGAUUUCCUUAGAUGUGUCCAUCAGGUUGACACUGUGACCCGGGGCUGCGCUGGACACCGAGGGGAUGCGGACCAGGGGAACAAGCCUUGUAGCCACUCUGUCUGUUGGGGUGCAGACCACUCAGGGCUCGGUCCUGGAAGGCAGGGACCGUCGGUGACUGAGGCCGGGCGUGAUGGGGAGUACCGUGACUCGGGCGGCCCGGCCCCCUUCCUUCCGGCUCUGUCCCAGGAGCCUCGACAGGGAGGCCCACGGCAGUCCGAUCGGCCUGCAGGAGCGCUCUGUCCUCUCGACUCCCCAUCCUAGUCCUUGGUUGUCAUUCUUGGAGGCCAUCCCGUGACCAGUAAGCAAACAGACAGGACCGGAAGGAUCUCUGACCCAAGAGAUGCACCCCCCACCCCGAGGAAUCUUGCGCCAGACCGGAAUAAGAGUCAAAACCCAGAGGGUCUCAUCCCAGUUUGGAGGAGCGCGUCCUGUGCCAGGCCUGCGCAGCCAAGAGGGGACUGUGAGUGGACCCUCUGUUGGCCCGGCGUCCAGCCAGGCCCCGCCCAGACUCCUCUCCCAGCUUGGCCGGGACGCACUCCCUCACUCACACCCCCCUCCUUGGGCCCGGCAGGCCGGCCUUCCACAGAACAGGCCGGAGCCUUGGGGGAGGACACGAGGCAGCCACUUUGAGGCUCACACAAGACGUGGCUGGUGACGGUGGCUGUGGCCGAGGAGGUUCUAGAACAUUCUGCCCACGUAUCCCUCCCACGAGUUUUGUUUUUAGCUGUGGUUUCAGGGAGUGAUCGAGCCAUCGCAAACAGCCGCGUUCUCUUCCGCUUCCCGAUACAUUAAACCCACCCCCUUUGCUGUUUCGUGAAUACCUUGUGGAGAACGGGAGCGUGCUGAGAGUUGAUAGAACUGCCGUCAGGGAGCUCGGACCUUCAGCCAGUAAGGAAACCGUAUCUCCCCCCAGACCAGCCACACGUGACCGUGACCUCCCAUCCACGUCUGCCAGCCUUAGCCAAGAGCUGGGACGGGCCCUGGGGAAAUGAGUGCUGGCCUCAACCUUGUACAUCAGCCCGUGGGAGCAGCUGAGCUCUGCGGGGACCGUGACCUCCACCCACCUGCGCCCACCUGCUCCCUGCCAGCUAUGACCUGUCGCCUAGCCAGACCAGUCCAAGCCCUAGUGAGUCACGAGUCAGGACACAAGUGGUCCUGGUCGUACCGGAAACUAGGGGUCUGGUCAUCACUUGCCAGGGGCCCAUUCCCUCCUCCCUCCAGCCAGUCCUCGUGUGGAGUGUGGUAAGGGGGCCGCUCCCCCUUUCCCUCGACUGCAAGGGUCUGGGACAACCUGAGAGGCACCCGCCAUGGUGCCGGCAGCCAUUCAUGGAGAGAGCUGCCUGGGUCUUGUGGCCAAAGCUGGUUUUGUGGUCCAGCAACCAGCCAAAGCCUGUGUGGGGGCACUGACCGGGAAGGGAGAGGCUGUGCCAGACGCGGGGCGACUGGCUCCCCGGGACAGCCUCGUUCUCCUUCGGAGGUGACAGGCUUCCGUGGACAAUGUAAGCACCUCAUCAUUUCCCCUGUAGCCUUUCUUCGUAUGGCCGUGAGCUGUGCUGUGGAUAAAUCAUCAUUUGUAUUUCUUGAAUGUUCUCUAGGACUAACAGUUAUUGAGUUGGUUGUGUAUAUGUGUAACUAAUGUAACUGCCUUUUAAAAUUCCAUUACAAUAAAAAUGACUUUGCUCUGAACGGUGAA